AGCCAAAGGAAAAAAAAAAAAAAAGUCGGCUUCACUAUCUCCAUGGAUAAUGAGGGCCUUUAGCCUCAACCUCCAUUUCAUCAUCAUCAUCAUCUUCUUCUUCUACUAUUAUCCUUUUCUUCUCUUUCUCUCUCAUGGACGUUCUCUAUUCUCCCACCACGCAUACUUCAACCCUAAUUCCUCGGUUAUCGCUAUCUUCUUCAUCAUCUCCUUCUGUUUGUCUCUGCAUUUCAAGAAUUCAAUCAAUUCGGAGUGAUUUCUUUGGUUAUUCCUCCAAAUUGAGGCUUAAAUGUCGGCGAAAAUGCAAGGUUAUACGGUUUCGCACUGCUCAAGCUUCUGUCGCUUCGUUCAAUUCUUUGCCAAUUGUUGCUGUUGCCUUUGCUAUAGCUAUGUCUGCUUUUGCUGUUGUUUUCUAUAAUUUCUACAAUUCUAAAAAGAAAAAUGGUUCUAUUCAGGGAUCUAGUUCUUUGUCUUCUGAGUAUAACCACAAAGGAGAUGACGCUAUGAAAGUUGGGUUCAAUAGUCUAACAGAUGCUGCUCAUCUACACAUAGAAAGUUUGAACAAGAUAAAUUAUUCAUCACUGGAAGUCAGAGAAAGCGCCUCCAAGGAUAAUGUGGGCCUGGUCAAUUUGUCUUGGAAGGGUUCUUUAUCUAGUGAAGACACCCCUGCCGUCGGACAAUCACAUUUUGCUGAUUCUAAUUUUUCUGAACUAGGGGCAGUUGCUUCAGCACUUUUGGAGACGAGAGAUGAAGUAGACCCAUCUCUUCCACAUGUAUCAUCUCAACCUUUUCAAGCAGAUAGCAAGGAGAAAAGUUACUCAGUAUCAGAAGUCAAGGAAAGCACUUCCAGUGAUUAUGAGGGUGAUGCCAAAUUGUCAUAUCAUGAUCAGUCUGCAGCUCCUAAAAAUACACCAGAACAAACAGAAAUUUCUGAUUCCAAUGUUCAUGAUUUAGGGGCCAUUGCGUCUGCUCUUUCUGAGAAGAGUAAAGAAAUCGGGUUGUCCCUUCCAGAGGCAUCUUCUGAAAACGUUGACAUGGAAAUUUUCAAGGAGAAAAGUCAAUCAUCAACAGAAGUUAGAGAAACCACACUAAUGAAUAGUGAAGAUGGAGUUAAUUUGUCAUAUCAGGAUCCUUUUAUUGUACCCCAAGAUACACCUAAUGUUGAAGUAGAUUUUGUUGCUUCUGAUGUCCAGGAUUUAGGAGCCAUUGCAUCUGCACUUUCAGAGAAGGAAGAAAUCAGUUUAUAUCGGCUGCAGGAUUCUCCUGAUUUAGAUGCUCUUCAACCUCAUUUACACAUAGAUGAAGAGUCAGCUUCUGUAAACUCUGGAGUGGGUAUCGAUUCGAAUAAUAUGUCACCUGUACAGGUUGAUGAGAUGAAUAAUUCUGUGUCUGCUUUUGUGGAUAAUGCAUCUACAGAGGACAAAAUCGCUGAAGUAAGGGACCAUAAUCAUGAUGAGUUUGAAGUUCAGGCUUCAAGCUUUUAUGAGAGUACAAAGUCUGGUAGAGAUGAGCUCCACUUAUUUUACGAGAUUAACAAACAGGGAAUAAAUGGAUCAACUACCGAAGCAUCUGAUUUGGAGAAAAAUUAUGUUCCUAUGAGUACAAGGCCUUCUGCUCUUAAAAUAUUGGGAGAAGAUUUUCAUGAAGUUGCAGGCAGGGGAGGACAACCUGUUGCUUCCCAUGCAGGAAGCUCCUUUGAUGAGGGUAAAGACUUGAGGAAAGUAACACGGAGGACAAAAAAUGAUACAAGGAGUCCUUCUUUGCGAUCUGAUCACCAAGUUUCUGAUCUACCUAAUGCAUCUGGAGUGCAAGUAAAUAUACAAAGCCCUAUAUCUAGGCACAUGAGUUCUUACAAUUGCAUGUUGAAAAGUGGAAGGUUAAGCGAGUGUGUAAAGUUGCUGGAAGACUUGGAUAGCAAAAAUAAAUUGGAUAUGAAUAAGAUUUACCAUGCUAAGUUCUUUGAUUUCUGUCGAACACAAAAGGCUGUUAAAGAAGCUUUCCGUUUUACCAAGUUGAUUUCAAAUCCUACACUUAGUACUUUCAAUAUGCUUAUGUCCGUUUGUUCUGCGGCCCAAAAUUCAGAAGGUGCUUUUGAAGUUUGGCAUCUGGUGCAGAAGGCUGGAUAUAAAGCUGAUUGCCGACUUUACACUACUCUGAUAUCAACUUGUGCAAAAAGUGGAAAAGUAGACACCAUGUUUGAAGUCUUUCACGAAAUGGUGAAUGCUGGGGUAGAACCAAAUGUCAAUACAUAUGGAGCACUUAUUGAUGGUUGUGCAAGAGCUGGUCAGGUAGCUAAAGCCUUUGGUGUUUAUGGGAUUUUAAGAUCAAAGAAUGUGAAGCCAGAUCGAGUUGUUUUCAAUGCUCUUAUCACCGCGUGCGGCCAGUCUGGAGCAGUGGAACGUGCUUUUGAUGUACUGGCAGAAAUGAGAUCUGAACUACAGCCUAUUGAUCCUGAUCACAUUACAAUUGGUGCUCUGAUAAAAGCUUGUACAAGUGCUGGUCAGGUUGAUCGUGUGAAAGGAGUAUAUGAAAUGAUAGAUCAAUUUAACAUCAAAGGCACUCCAGAGCUUUACACCAUUGCUGUUAAUAGUUGCAGUCAGACUGGUGAUUGGGAUUUUGCUUGUAAGAUAUUUGCUGACAUGAAAUUGAAAGGUGUGGUACCUGAUGAGAAAUUUUUCAGUGCAUUGAUAGAUGUUGCUGGUCAUGCUGGUAACCUCGAUGCUGCUUUCGGAGUUCUUCAAAAUGCAAGAACUGAAGGAAUGAAUCCUGGAAUCAUCACAUACAGCUCAUUGAUGGGGGCCUGUAGUAAUACCCAUAAUUGGGAGAAGGCACUGGAGCUAUUUGAGCAAAUUAGAGAAAUUAAUUUGAAGCCAACUGUUUCAACUCUGAAUGCACUAAUCACUUCACUCUGUGAUGCUAACCAAAUGCAGAAGGCCCUAGAUGUUCAGGCAGAAAUGCAAAAACUGGGAUUGCGCCCAAAUGAUGUUACUUACUCUAUUCUCAUAGCGGCAAGUGAAAAAAAUGAUGAUUUGGAAGUAGGCCUUGCGCUCUUUUCUCAAGCAAAAGCUGAUGGCAUCUCCUUGAGCCAGAUUAUGUGCAAAUGUCUAAUAAAAAUGUGUUCACGGAGAUUUGAAAGGGCUUCCACAAUUGGUGAACCUGUUUUAUCAUUUAAGUCUGGACGACCGCAAAUAGACAGUAAAUGGGCAUCCUUAGCGUUAACGAUUUAUCGUGAAAUGAUUAGAGCUGGUUUGAUCCCUUCUACGGAAAUGCUUUCUCAAGUUUUAGGAUGCUUGCAGCUACCAAAAGAUGUAUCUUUGAAAAAGAGACUGAUUGAGACCCUGGGUAUCAAUGCUGAAACAUCAAGAAGUGCAAACCUUUUUCCACUGAUAGAUGGUUUUGCCGAAUAUGAUCCCCGAGCAUUCUCAUUAUUUGAGGAGGCAGCUUCACUCGGCAUUGUACCAGGUGCUUCCUUUAAGGAAAGUCCUAUUCAAAUUGAUGCCAGGGAUAUGAACAUUCACGUAGCAGAGGUAUAUAUCUUAACAGUUUUGAAAGGACUCAAGCAUCGUCUUGCUGCUGGUGCAAGAGUGCCCAGCAUUACCAUUUCACUGCCCGUGGAGACAACAGAUUUUUCCAGUCUGAAAGGAGAAAAAACAAUCAAAAUUUCAGCAAGGCUUAGCCAAGCAGUUGGAGCUUUAUUUCGCAGAAUAAGGCUUCCUUAUCAAGGAUAUGAAUCAAGUGGCAAAAUCAGAAUCAGUGGAAAUGCUGUUAAAAAAUGGCUUCAGCCAAAACUUGUUCAGUCAUUUACUCGGAAUUUUCCACAUGCACAGGCACAUCCACAGCUAGGUUUAUCUCAAUUACGAUUAGCAAAUGGGAUCACAAAUCAGCAGCGCAGAAUUCGUACUGGGAAUCUUUCCCUGGAAUGAUGGGAAAAUCUAUUCUGCAUGGCUGGCAAUAUAGAUUCACUGAAUUGUCCAGGAAUAACUUCAUUGCCGACAGUGAUGUAUGUUAUGUUAAUAUCAUCAACAUAAGGCUGAACAUUGGUCAUGAACCAUGAAUUAGCUGCAUCUUCACCAGCUGCGAGAAUUGGUAUAUCGUUAUUUCUAACACCUAAAGUAAGUUCUAUUUUACUCCCUCGUAGAGCCUCGAGCACUCUCGGGUUUGGCUCAAAUAUCCUCAUCUUCGUAAAGUUAUUUUGUUUGUAAAGAUUAACAACUUCGUUUGGAGACGGUAAGUUCUUCCCAUUGAGUCCGUAACAAACACCAACUUUACCUUGAAUUCCCUCUCCGAAAACUUCGAAACCUGCUUGCAGAGCUAAGAACAGAACUAGGAGUACCCGGAUUUUCGACAUAAUUGAUCUGUGACUGUUAAUAUUGACAGGAAGUUGUAAGUUUUGAGACUUUGAUUUAUAGCUAUAUAAAUGUUUAUAGGUGUCUAGGAACAUUUCUAUGUAGGAUUUAAGAAUAAAAAUCUAAAGAGAAUCCAAAAGAUUGCUUUCUGAUUUUAAAAAAAUUAAAUUGUUAUGUGCAAUAUGAAUUUACUGAUAUUGUGAUACUGAACAAGAGUAUGUAUGUAUGAAUGUUUUAGGCCCUGACUGCAGCAAAUGAAUAAUAGACGGAAAUACUGGUAGAAAAAAUAUAAACAUUUCUGUUAAAGUAGUCAUUUAGAAUUACAUUUUCUGAUCAAGUAGUAUGAUGUGAGCAUGGAAAUUUAAAAUUUUUUUCUCCUCAUUAAAAAUACUUUCUAUAUGAAAAUUUUUUGUAAUUUUUCUGAAAAAUAUAUCUUUGUGUAUCUAUAACAUAUAGAGGUAGGGUCAAAUAAAAAACUACUAAU